CUCUUGACCUUCGCGUAAAAUUAAGCUUCAAGGUGUUUCGGGUUUGUUUUAUCUAAUCUCUUGAUUUUCACAAAACCAUCGCUUACUCGAGUCGAGAUGAAGGAUUUUUUAUCGCGUACUUGACCAUGACCUGGCUGGACUGUCAAAACAGCUCAAUCUGAAGGCGAACUGCAUCCAUCUCAAUGUCUGUCGUAUCUAAUCGUCCGAAAAAAGUGGGAUCGUGGUAUUUUGGAGGAGUAGCUAGCGCUAUGGCAGCUGCAUGUACUCAUCCGUUAGAUCUUGUCAAAGUACAUUUACAAACUCAACAAAAGAAGGAGUUCGGGAUGGUUAGCAUGGGGAUUCGUGUAUGGAAGCAAGAUGGUGUUUUAGCGCUUUACAAUGGAAUAAGUGCUUCGAUUUUGAGACAGCUUACAUAUUCUAUGACUCGAUUCGGAAUUUACGAAACUUAUAAACAGUCUAAAGAUGCCCCCUUGCCAUUCAGUGAAAGCUCAUUAGUAGCUUUGGCUUCUGGAUUUUGUGGUGGUGUCGUUGGUAGCCCAGCGGACAUGAUCAAUGUUAGAAUGCAAAACGAUGUGAAACUUCCUAUUAAUGAACGACGGAACUAUAAAAAUUGUAUCGAUGGAUUAAUUCAUGUAGUUCGUCAUGAAGGUGUAAUCAAUUUAUUCAAUGGAGUCAGUAUGACUGCUUCUCGAGCCGCAUUUAUGACAUUAGGACAAUUAGCGUUUUAUGAUAAAUUUAAAAUCUUGCUUAUUAACUCUGGUGGAUUUGAAGAUAAACCUUUAACGCAUAUGAUUGCGAGUUCUAGUGCAGCUGGGGUUGCAACUUUUAUUACCCAACCAUUUGAUGUAAUGAAAACUCGUUUAAUGAAUGCUCCUCCUGGAAUGUAUUCUGAUCUAAUGAGCUGUGCUGUAGAUCUUGCAGUUACUGGUCCAUUAUCUUUUUUCAAAGGUCUAAUUCCAGCAUUCAUCCGUUUAGCACCACAUACUGUAUUAACGUUUGUAUUCCUUGAACAAUUGAUUAUUAACUUUGGACAUUUACCGCACUCAAAAUAAUGUUUAAAAAAAUAGGAAAAGUAAAACGUAGAUUAUUAUUUGAAUGAAUAUUCCAGAAAAAGUCUUAAAAUCUACCAAUUUAAUUCUCAUGUAAAACAUUGAAAAUAACUUCGCAUUUUUAUGACUUGUGUUUAAUCCCAAAAAUAAACUUCUUAAGAAUAAAUGUUCGAUGUGCAAUUUAUCUUUACACACACUGAUGCGCCUAUUGAUUUUAGUUUGUUUUUACUGUAAACCAUUUUUACAUUUACACUUGUCAUUACUGCAGAUAACGAUAAAGAAAUUGAAUGUAAAAGUUUCCAGUGUUUUAUGGAUCUGUGUUCCGUUCGUUUACGUUGAUGCUGGUAGAAACGAAUUACUUCUUGUUUUUGUUUCCGUGACCGAAUAUUACUUUAAGUGAUCAUCGUUGUUAUUAGGAUAUUAUUUCCUCUUUUUGAUGUUCGUAUCGUAAUUCGUUGCGAAAUUGAUUAUUUUCUUUUUUCCUCUUUUCAAUCCAAUGAUUCCUUACAAAAUUUCAUUUGAUCUCCAUGUAAAUGCCAUUACUCAUACAACUUUUUCAUGUGAUCAUUUACUUUGAUUUGAGAGGAAAGUUGAAAAAUUGAAUGAGAUUAUCCACCCCGUAUUAGUAUGUUUCAGGAUUAAUUUUACAAUAUAAAACCUAUUUACUAUUAAUGACGUAACAAUUCAUUCCUAGUUCUAUUUACACAUUCAAUAAACCCAGUUACUCUAAAUCUUUUCCAAUUUUUAAGAAGUUAUUUUAAUUCAUGCUACUACUGAGAGAGUGGAAAUUGUGCUUGCUCUUUUUACACUAUUUUUAACUAUUUAUGUAAAUUUUUUUGCUUUUGCUAAAAUCUCAUUGGAAAUAAACACUCAACAAUCAGAAACCGUUUUCAACUUUUGCUUUUCAAUAAACAUCCGUUGAAAUUUAGAGAUAAAGAUAACCUAUUUCCAUAGCAUAGUAACCCCAGUGACGUUUAACGAUACC